CAGUAGUCAUGUGGAACCCUAUAUACAUUUAUGCCUUUCUCUGAGCUCCUCUGAUUAUUAUUGGCCGUUUUCUCCAUCGCUUUCAGCUCAUUGGUGGCGUCGUCUUCAAAUUUGUUCAUCAUCAUCAUCAUCUCUAUCGCUGAGUCAUUUUGAUGGGUGAUCUUGCAAAGGAUCUAUUUUCUGGGACAAUCGGUGGGGCUGCCCAACUGAUCGUGGGACACCCUUUUGAUACCAUAAAGGUAAAACUACAAAGCCAACCUGUUCCUCUUCCAGGUCAGUUCUCCAAGUACUCCGGUGCCAUUGAUGCUGUCCGACAAACUAUCGCCGCAGAAGGUCCGAGGGGUCUGUAUAAAGGAAUGGGUGCUCCCCUGGCCACCGUUGCUGCUUUCAAUGCUGUCCUCUUCUCCGUCAGAGGCCAAAUGGAAGCCUUGUUCAGGUCCCAAUCCGGCGGCGCUUCACUUACGCCUCGUGAUCAGAUUUUCUGCGGUGCUGGUGCAGGACUUGCUGUCUCUUUCUUGGCAUGCCCUACCGAAUUGAUCAAAUGCAGGUUACAAGCACAAAGUGCUUUGGCGGGAAGCAAUUCGGGUGGUGUAGCCUUAGUGAAGUAUGGAGGGCCGAUGGAGGUAGCAAGACAUGUAAUAAGGUCAGAAGGGGGUAUUCGAGGCCUAUUCAAGGGCUUGAUUCCAACUUUGGCCCGUGAAGUGCCUGGAAAUGCUGUUACUUUUGGUGUAUAUGAGGCUUUAAAGCAGUACCUUGCAGGAGGGUCUGAUACUUCCAGUUUGGGGCAAGGUUCUUUGAUGGUUGCGGGAGGGCUGGCAGGUGCUUCCUUUUGGCUAUCUGUAUACCCAACCGAUGUUGUCAAGAGCUUGAUUCAGGUGGAUGACUUUAGAAAUCCCAAGUACUCAGGCUCAAUUGAUGCUUUCAAGAAAAUCUUGAAAGCACAAGGAAUUAAGGGCUUAUAUAGGGGAUUUGGACCUGCUAUGGCUCGAAGCAUCCCUGCUAAUGCCACAUGCUUCUUGGUGUAUGAAGUGACUAGAUCUGCUUUGACAUGAACUGGGAUGCAAAACACGAUAUGGAUUUCUUUUUUUUGUUUUUGAAAUUGUUAUAAUUUAGAGAACAGGGUAUUGAAUUACAUAUAAUAUUUCACUUAAUAAAUAAUAAAGUAAUUUUUCAUUUUGA